AGUAUUUAUAACAAGGAGGCCAGACACAAGCUGGAGACAAUGAAGAGCCAAAAACUGAGUUUCCUGAGCUACUUGCUAUUCAAAUGGCAAUCACAAGCAACUUUUAUUGGUCGAUCAGUGCUGCCUGUGUUCCUGCUCAUCAGACUGGUGACAGUGGGAGCUGCAGCACAAACCGCCUGGCAUGGCGACGAUUCGGACUUUGUCUGCAAUACACAAAGUCAAGGCUGUUAUUUGGGCUGUUUAGAUAAGCUCAUGCCUGUAUCCCCCAUGCGUUUGUGGACACUACAGCUGCUUCUGGUUUUGGCUCCAGGUCUUGUCUUUCUCCUCCACCUAAUCCACCUCAUCAACCAGGAAAACCAGGUGAGGAUUGGGGGAGUCAAAGUCAAAGCUCACAUUCGGGGGGCAUAUCUGGCUUGUAUGGCUUCUGUCAUACUGGUAGAGAUUGAAACGCGUCAUCGAUGUGAAAGCAAACCCUGUUUUCACACAACUGAUUGUGUUGUUCCCCAUGCACCCGAGAAGUCUGUGUUCCUGGUAACUGUGUUUGCUGCUUCCUGCAUCUCCAUCCUGCUGUGUGUGCUGGAGGUCGUUUAUGUGUUGUGGUGCAAACCGAGCCAGGAGGACGCUGCAGAGGCCCUGCAAUCAGAGCCAGAGGUGGAGGAGAGUCAGAGCUUCCCAGUUCAGCUGCUGGCUCUGUGGAACUCCUGUGCUGGAUUUUUGGGUAAAACCAUCCUACCAGUGUUGCAGCUGAUCCGACUCAUUAUUGUCGGGGCAGCAGUGAAGCCAGUGUGGGACAACGAAUUAAAACACUUUGUCUGUGAAUCUAUGCAGCCAGGCUGCAGUCAAGCUGCUUUUAACACAAUCUUCCCCUUUUCUUUGUAUCAGUACUGGACACUGCAGGUGACUUUAGUUUUGGCUCCUGGUCUGAUUUUCUUCUCCUACUUGGUCCAUCUUGUUGUCACGGCAAAGAAGGACAGAGCAGAAGUGGAGGUUAAAGGCCAUGCAGGCCUACUUCGGGCAUAUGUGGGAAGCUUAUCAGCUGUCACUCUGCUAGAAGUGGGAUUUGCAGUGGGACAAGCUUUGGUUUUCCAGCGCCCCCUGUCAAUCACCAACUUUGUAAAAGCCAUCCCAUGCCCCACUACAACUGAGUGUCAUCUACCAAAGCCAACAGAGAAGUCUGUAUUUAUGGCAAUCGUGCUCUUUGUGUCAUGUCUGUCUGGUCUUCUGAACCUGGUGGAGAUGGGCUUGGUGUUGAAGGGUUGGAGGGUUGAAAAACGUCAGCAGACAAAUUAUGGAAGCUUUCAGAUGGCAUCACUUGUCAAGACAGAAGCAGAUGUUAAAGAGAAGGAUGCCGAUGCCAAACUCAACAUAUGAGAUAUCCUUUCUAGAGGAGAUUUUGUCUCUCUGCUUUUGGUUUUGCGAACCCAGUGGCAACGAGCAGCGCCAGCAGCAAACAGGCAAAGAGGAUCUUCAUUUUUCCUGGUGGGAGACAAACAGAAAUAUUCAUUGAUUUGUCAGUUUAGUGCAGCAAAGAUUGUGGUAGUUAGAUGAUUUGGCAAUAUGUUUGGAGUAAAGUUUUUACUGUGGAAACUCUCCAUUAUUGAGUUUCAUAAAAAAAAAGACGUGUGUUUCAGAUAAUAGAUGAGAAAUUUUACUUCGUCAUUCUACUUUCUCUGGCCCAGAUUUUUGAUCAGUUUAAUUCAAGUAUAUAUCAAGUUGAAGUGAGUUUAUUAUAUAGUACUGACAAAUAAGAGCUGACAAAAAAAAGACGAGAAUUUAGGUUUUCUCUCAGAAACUGUGCAGAUUGGUCACAAUAACACAAGAGUUUUACUCACUAACAGAUAAAAAGUUCCUAAUUCUGAGUCAGAGUUUAGCCCUUUAUAGUUUCUGAGACAGUAAAGG